AUGUGCGCGUACCGCCUUGGACGCCCUAGCAACAUCGUCGAAGCGUUCCACCCGCUGUCGGAGAAGGAGCUGGAUGUACUGAGAAGCACUCAUCCGUUUUGGGAUAAGAACAUGGAUGAAAGUUUUGAAGAUACAGAAUUUACACACAGGGGAGAGCAUGUUACCGGGAAGGACGGGCUUGGAGAGGAGCACGAGUGGGCCUAUCGACUUAUCGUCGAGAGGUCGAAGACGUUCUACAGCUAUUUGACGCCGGUGAUUAUCAAUGCCUGCGGGACUCGAGAUCCGUUCGAAUUCCCAGCGCUGGCCCUCAGCUCGCUGGACACGAACCACGUCAGUCACACACGUUGUUACGAUAAGCUCCUGGACAAGGUGAUGAAAGGCUCCCCGUCUCUGGACAUCGUCAAAGGAGUUUUGAAAGAGUGCGAGCGAUUUUUCCAGAAGGCCAGGACCGGUAGAGAUGGCUGCAAUGCGGAAAGACAUGGCGCCCUGGGGGGAGAAGGGAGGAAAUCACGCCGGGACAGAGUCAUCCUGCAACCCGAUGCCGAGGACAGAAAAUUUACGCUCCUUAUGGCUUUCCAGAUGUCCAUGGGCGAAAAAGUGCGACCACUGAUGGAGGCGGUGUUGAGGCACUCGCCUGACUUUGAGCUUCGGGCCGCCACCUGUCUCAUGAACGCGAACUUGGAAUCUGGUAGUUUCUCGGUGGUAGUCGGAGAAGAUCAUCUUCUCGGUCGCACGCCGCAAGAGAAGAAGGAGGGGAAGGCGUGGAUCGCGGGAGUGGUCAAGGGAUUGAAGGAAGAUGUCGAGGAAUGGAAUUGUCAGGAUUGGUGCCGAUUCAGCGUGGUUACGCAGCUGGGAUGUCUUUUCAACGCAGCCUGCCUCCGACAAAAGCCAGCACUGAAUCUCUCGGCCAAAACCGCGUACUACAACAACGACCAGGGCAGAAUUGCGAUGAGGCCACCCAAAAAGGGAAAGCAACACAGAACGGCGAACAAACGCCUCGACACGGUGCUGAAGGAACACGAGAUCCAUGGCGCCGACGUCGUCCGGUGGGUCAUGGUGAUGAGCCUCGUUGGGCGCGCUUUCCUACGGGAAGACAACAAUGGCGUUGUAGACGAAAGUUUUGGUCCGCUGAAUUCAAACGGGACGCAGAUCACCGCGGACACGUUCGGCAAGAUUUUUAAGGUCAUGAGGGCGUAUUUUGGAGUGGACAACGCGGACGUUUACUCGCUGAGGACCGCACAUGACUCGCAGGCCGUCAAGGACCUGCUUGCAGUGGGGGGAAACACGGAUCACCCGGCCAUGGCCGAACUGGCGAGGGAGCAACAAACCGGAGGAGAUAACCUUGUCGGAGCGUACUGCACGUACCAGUUCGACCGCGUAGCUCCUCAAGUAAAGGAAAAAGUUGACCUGCACUUCAAGGGGGGGCUUCGGUGCAUGGGCGUGGAGAAGAGGAAGAGGGAGGACCUACCGGAGUUUCCAGACUCUGACUUGUGGCACAUCCCUGAGUUUGUAGAUAAAGUGAGGGCUAUGAUGGAGAUGACACCACCAAAGGUACCCGAGAAGGUCAUCAAGGACUUUGGGGAUGAUACUGAUGAUGACUUAGCACUGACGGCACCGGCUUCUUCGAGCAUGAGCAUCGAGCCGAAAUCGGGCGACGGUUGUGCGCCUCCCCCGCAUUCGGGAGGGCCGUCGUAUGGUGGCCCCUCGUACCCCAUCGACGCGGAGGAGGCCAUGGUUGCAAAGCGAGUCAGGAUGAAAACGAUGCUGUUGGAGGAGGAAAAGGUUGAUGAGAUGCGUGCCGCGAUACGAGCGAGACGGGCGCUGUCCUCCGUCCCUGCUGCCGUCGGGGGUGGUGUCGAUACAUCUGGAGCUGCAACUGCCUCUGUUGAUUCUGGGCCUGCGGCCGAUUCUGGGGAAUCUUCUAAGAGUGCUGCUUCUGCUUCACGUCGGGGCAUGUCCUAUAACAAGAACGCGUCAAACAAAGUUAGCGAGAGGGAUGUCCGGGAUGCGCUUGCUCGCCAGACCCGAGGCCAAACCGAGUGGGGGACCCCGGCAGGCUCCAUCGACGUUUUCACGAGAGACGAAGUAAUCGAGAUCAAACACUUCAAAAAUUGGAAGAGUGGGGUCGGUCAGGUUAAGGCCUACGGAGAACACCAUCCCUCACACAAACAACGCCUACAUCUCUUCGCACAUGAGGGAGAGAAGGCUCUAAAGUACUUCGAAAUGGCCACGAGAUUGUGUGCAAAGGACGGCAUACGCGUUACAUUUGAAGAAGCAGUGUCUGGAAGCGACAGCCUGGGAAUAGAGGUGGUGGAUGGGGCCGACGUGUUUGGGAAAAGUGUUGCCGAUGCCACGGGUCUACCUGUUGUUCCCGGUGAUUUCGAGAACCUCGAGAGAGGUGGAGCUCCCAGUGCCCACGUCGCCUCUGAGCCCGUCUCCGCAGCUCAGACACAUACGGUUGAUUCGGGGGCUAGGCCCGCUGUUGUCAUCGGUGGUCGCGAUGACGUUGGUGCGGGUGGUGCUGCCGUAGCCACAAUGGAUGAUGACGAGAAAGCUUUGGCAAAGAAGGCGAUGAAGAGUGGUGGCGCUUUUCCCGGCGCCGGAGGAGACAAGAAGGCUGUUGGGAAGAGGACUAUCGACGCGGUACACGGAAAUGGACGAGGACCUGGUGGCGCAAAAAUGGAGUACAGUGCGGGGAAACCGAAGGACGAUAUCUGCGCCGGGAUGAAGACGCUUGUUGAAGCAAUAGGACAAGCUUACGAACGAGCAAAGGCAGAGGGGGGCAACAAAAAGGUUCUUGCUCGCAGGAACCACAAAAAAGACGGCAGGCCAAAGAGGGCAAAGAUCGGCCUGGUGAACUGGUUGGUAGCCAAUGACGACGAGUUCAAUCCAGGCCACAGCUGCAGCAGCAGCAUCAGCGCGGCGGCAGCACAGCAGCAGCAGCGCGGCAGCAGCACAGCAGCAGCACACCACAGCAGCAGCAGCAGUCGCCACGACAGCCUCGCCGGGAAGCCGGGACACAGCGGCGGUGAAGGAAACGGGGGGGCGGUGUACAUGUACGCGGGAGAAUUGCAAGACGAGCCUUCUACAAUUUCGGGGUGCAAUUUCUCGGAUAACGUGGCGGAGGAGGCCGGCGGGGCUGUGAAGACCUUGGCCGGGUUUCAAAAUAUUUUUUCCUGUCAUUUUGAGGGCAACUCGGCAGAUGUCGGCGGAGCUAUGAGGCUCGGUGGUGAAGCGACUGUCAGCGACUGUGCAUUCCUCGACAACAUCGCUCACAGCCGUGGACUCGCUGUUGAUGUGGUCGAGUCUGCGAGUAUCCAUGACUCAACGUUCAACGGAAAUCAACUGUCCUGCGGGAAGGGUUGGUUUCGAAGCGAUACGGAGCAGGAAGAUCCCAAUGCACGCUUUGAGACAGUGUGCGUCGAUUGUCCUGCUUGGGACGAGUGCUUCGAAUGCAUCAUCGCGGACGGUACCAUCACGCCGACAUGCGAGGUCCCAUUGGAGCACACUUCGGCCGACGAAGAUGGAUUGACGUUGGAAACGCUCAAGCUUGAUGAAGGCUACUGGCGUGCAACUACCGAAAGCGUUAUCAUCCUGGCGUGUUACAAUGCGGAUGCCUGCGCAGGGGGAAAAACGGGAGCGGACAGCUUUUGUGCCUCAGGAUACCAGGGACCAUAUUGCGCAGUGUGCGAAACCGACUAUUCUUCGUCACUUGCUCACACCUGCAAGCAUUGCUCGAGCUCAAGACGCCGAGGGCUCACAGUCAUCGCUGCAAUCGCCGUGAUUGUCACAGUCUUGGCUUUUGCGGCAGUUUUCCAGUACAUGUUGUCAACGGAGCAUGAAGAGGGCAUCUUUGGGUGCUUCCGUCGCAGGGUACUUGGAGCGGUUCCCGUCGAGUCGUUGAAAAUUAUCGUCGUUGUGUGGCAAAUUUUGACCCAGUUUGCUGACGCGGCGAAUGUCACCUUUCCUGGCUUGUACCAAGACUUUCUGAGCGCGAUCGACGUGAUCAACUUCGACAUUGGUUCCGUGCUGGCGGCCGGGUGCUUGUGGUCGGAUAUGGACUUCCACGACCGACUUCUCGUCAAUACCAUAGGACCGCUGGUCGUUGCUGGAUUUUUGGCGAUGACAUACGGGAUCGUGAUACGUAGGCACAGCGCAUCCGCAGACACUGGUGGAUUAGAGAAGAUCUACCACAAACAUCAGACGGCUCUACUGUUCUUGACGUUCGUGGUGUAUUCCUCAGUUUCAUCAACGGUGUUCCAAACCUUCGCUUGCGAGACACUUGAUGACGACGUCGAAUACCUUCGGGCGGACUACCGUAUUCACUGCACGGAUGCUAAGCACAAGGCCUUCAAAGUGUACGCAGCGAUCAUGAUUGUUGUGUACCCGGUGGGAAUCCCCCUGCUCUAUGCCCUCCUGUUAUUUCAACGUCGCCACGUUCUGGCCGACGCUGGUGCGGACAAGACCGUAGCUCUGUCGAUUUCCGGGCUGUGGGAGCCGUACAGGCCCGAGCGGUUCUACUACGAAGUAGUCGAGUGCGGACGCCGUGUCAUGCUGACGGGUGUAGUCGUCUUUAUCUUUCCGAACGAUGCGGCCCAAAUUGCGAUCACCAUGCUAAUCACUUCGUUUUUUUCGCUGUUGUUCGAAAUAUUGUCGCCGUACGAGUCUGAGUCCGACAUGUGGCUUUCACGGGGGGGUCAUGUAAUUGUGUUCCUCAGCAUGUUUGAUUUGUUGCUGCUGAAAGUGGAUGUGUCUGGCGAGAGCAACCAUAGCCAGGCUAUAUUUUCGAGAGUGUUUGUGGCAGGUCAUGUGUUGAUGAUUCUUGUUAUCGUUGUCGAGGUGGUCGGCAUCUGUUACGCUUCAGGGAAGAAGCGAGUUGUCGGAGCAGCGUCGUCAUCUGAGAGUUCGCCGGGGUUGAGGCCACGCGCAGGGUCGGAUGAUGUUCCUGCACUUGAGAGCGUUCCCGCAUCAUGGGCGUCGUUCAUGCGGCAAGGUUCAGUGUCAGAAGAGCAGGGUGGCCCUCAAGCGCAAGAGGGUCGACGACCUCGUGCAAAGCUACAGAGCCCUACAAGACAUCGGCGUUCGUCUGGACGGGCGCACUCUGAUAGAGUUGCGCGACAACGGGACAAUCCUCAGCCGCCAAGAUAUGGUUGUCAAUGAUGCAGUGGCCGUCGCCACCCCGUUCCUGCACGACUCGACCACGCCCACUCACGAGCUUGACUCGGCGCAAAGGGGCGGGGAGACGGGCAUCGUGGUCGUGUGGGAAAGUAGGAAGUUGGUGAUCUGUACUGGAAAAAGGACGCCCUUCCUGGCAACUGGAAUGUUUUUGUCAAGAGGCAAACCCUCUUCAACGGACGACCCGUGAUCAGUCAUGCACAAUAGGGGGCAAAAGUGUGUGAGGGAGCGAGGGGGCGGGUUGGGAGGAGUAAUAUUAUUGCUCUUCGGGAGGCCUCGCCCACCCGUAGCUGUGGUCAACGCUGUUCAUGUAGCUGCUGCUCGCCAGCGUUGAGGUGCUGCUCAAUCAUUUGUUUGCCGACCUGCGCGCGGUCGGUCUCAGAGAGAUAACCGGUGGGCAUUCCAUCAAAGGUUUC